AUGGAGCCGAGAGGAGGGUCUACGCAGCCCACGCGGCGGCGUAAGCGCGGGGAUCCCCUCACACCCGCGCAGGCUGUGGAGGCUAUCCGCGCGCGCGUCGCGGCGAACGGCUCGGAGCGACUCAGCCUCAAGGGGAGGACCCUGGACGGGCCCGCGGCGGUGCGAGCGGCGUGCGACGCGAUCCUCGCGCUCCACCCUCCCACCGUGACGCUGAACCUGACCGGCGCGGAGGUGUGCUCCGGCGGCGCUGACGCGCUGGCGGACUUCCUCAUGAAUGAACGGUGCGCGGUCGAGGAGCUCUGCCUGGUGGAUAACCCGCGGCUGGGCGUGCACAUGGCCGACACCGGCGUCGCCGCGAGGGACAUCCCCGACCGGGGCGAGGACGAGCCAGUCACCGACGGCGGGGGAACGGCCGCGCUCGCGCGUGCGCUCGCCAAAAACACGACGCGGCUCAGGAGGCUCAACCUCGGAGGUUGCGGCCUCGACGACGGAGCCGCGGAGGCGCUCGCGGCGGCCCUCGCCGCGAGGGACGCGUCGCCGUCUCUCGAAUCCAUCAACCUUCGUUCCAACGACGUCUCCGACCGCGGCGUCGCCGCGCUGGCCGCCGCGCUUUCCACCCGCGGCGGGUGCCCGCUCAAGGAGAUCGCGCUGGCGAAUAACCCGUCGGUGUCCUCCGCCUCGCUCGCGGCGCUCGAGGGGCGCCUGCGGGUCAACAGACGCGCGGAUUUGGUGCGCGAGGCGUUUGCGGCGUGCGUCGAAAACGGCGGUCGUUGCUCGCUUCGCCGGCGGGGACUCGACGACGACGACGCGUUCGCCCUCGCGUCGUCGCUGGCCGACGCCGACGCGGCUCGAUCGCUCGCGCGCGUGUGCGUCGGCAUGGACCUCGCCGACAACGACAUCGGCCCGGAGGGGGUGCGCGCCAUCGCCGACGCCGUCCGGCUCGGCACGUCGCGGUCCGUCGUCGCCGUCUCCGUCGCCGGCAAUCCGGGGGGGGAGAUACACCCGAGCAAAACGCCGUCGACCCACGCGCGAAUCCUGCACGGGUGCUGCGCCGCUAACCUGCUACGCAACGCGGGGGAAGGGGAGGCGCUCAAGUCGGUCGGCGAUCGCGCCUUGGGAGACGACGGCGCCGAGGAGGUGGCCAGGUACCUCUCGCAGGAACACGGGUACUCGCACAGGCACCGCGCCAUCGGAUUACAGCACAACGACAUAGGACCGCGGGGGGCGCGGGCGCUCGCGGAGGCGCUCGCGAGGCUCCCAAAUCUGGACGAGGUCGCGAUGUACUCCAACCGAAUCGGGGUGGAGGGAGCGAAGUGGCUGGCGGGGACGGUGAGGUCGUGUCGGACGCUGCGGGUGUUGGACCUCGGCGGGAACGACGUGGGCGACGCCGGAUGCAUCGCACUGGCGGAGGCGAUCGUGGGACACCCCUCGAUGGAGGAGCUCCACCUCGACCACAACGGCAUAGGUAUCGACGGCGCGACGGGGUUACUGGGAGCCAUGCAGAUGACCGAGGAUAGUCGCAAAGGACGGGGACUGAGACGGGUUUGGCUUCACGGAAACGUCGGCGUCUCGGAAGAGCUCAAUGCAAGGGUGCACGCCAUAGCCGGGAGAAACGCGGGCGCCGCCGGGGAAAGACCCGAACAGAUCCCGCGCGACGAUCUCGCCGCGUUGGAGGCUUGGGAGGACGACGUCGCGAUUGAGGCUGAGGGUGAGGCGGCGGCGGCGGGUGGCGGGUCCCUCCCGGGGGGGUUCAAGGAAACGUCGACGCUCUUCGCGAACAGGGUCGCCACCGCGGCCGCCGCGGCGUACCGGCGCUGGUUCCCGGACCACGCCGCGAACACGCGAGGCACGGCGGUCAUCGCCGCGAUCGUCGCGCACGAGCGCGACGCGUCUUCGCCGUUCGACGCGCCGGGUCACGGCGAUCGCCUGCGGGUGCUGUCGCUGGGCUCGGGGACGAAGUUUAUGCCCAGGGAGGUGGCCGCCGCCGCCGCGGCGGGGGGUGCGCGGCGGUGGGAGAGCGUCGUGCACGACAGCCACGCCGAGGUCCUCGCGCGUCGCGCGUUCCUGCGCAUGUGCUACCGAGAGAUCCUGGACAUCGCGCGGGAGACCUCCACCUACAAAGUGGCGGGCGCGGCGGCGCCGUGGAGGCUUCUGGAGCCCGCGGGUCACGCCGGAGGCUUCCAGAUGCGUCCGGGGAUUACCCUCCACCUCUACGUCUCGACCGCGCCGUGCGGAUCGUGCUCCAUGCCGGCGAUGGCGGGCGGCGCGUCCAACCCCGACGCGUCGUUCGCGAUGAGGGACGUGGACGACGUGACGUGGAACGAGCUGUGGUCCGGCGUGGCGGCGCGGCACGAAGCUGGCGUCUUCGCCCCGAGCAAGCCAGCCACCACGGUCAAGGGCGCGGCCGGUCGCGGCGAGCAGGCCCCGGCGCCCGGGGUGGUGUUCGCGCGGCUUCGAGACGCGGAGAAGGUCCCGGGCGUGACGUUGUCGUGCAGCGAUAAGAUCUCGCGGUGGCAGGCGCUCGGGAUACAGGGCGCGAUGCUCUCGCAUUUGGUGCCGCGUCCGCUCGCCUUUAGCACCGUCGUCGUCGGUCGCAAGUUUAACCCCGAUCGUCUGCGGCUCGGCACGUGCUGCGCGCUGAGGGGUUUCGCGUCCAGCGCCGCCGCGCUGCGCGUGCACCCGCCCGCGCACUGCGCCGCGCUCGGCACGACGGUGAAGCUGGAGGGAUCCGCGGGCGCCGGCGAGAGAAUCGAACGCCGGGAACGAGCCGACGCGGGCGACAGCGACGAGUCCCUCUCGUGGGCGAGGGGCGACGCGCGCGCGAGCAGGCACGACGGGCGGACGGGCGGGCCCGUGGGCGGCGGCGGGCCCGUGCCCGCGUGUUCCAGGGCGGCGUUGCACGGGAUGUUCCGCCGGGCGGUCGCCGCGCUGGCGGGACGGGGGGACCUGGCGGCUGUGCCGCGCGAUCUCGAGUCAAAGCCGGCGCCCGAGGUGAAGCGGUUAGCCGAGGCGUACUCGGCGGGUCAGUUCGCGCUGUUCCGCGGCUUGGUCGAGCGCCGACGCUGA